CAUGGCUGCGCUCUUAAGAUCUGCCCGGCUGCUUAAACUGUCGCCUUCGGGCCUCCUCCAGAUCACAGGGACCAAAAGAAAUGGACCGCCACUCAGUCGGCUUUAUAGCGGGAACGUUGGUGGUCAUAAAGCUGGAGUUUGUUCCCGACAGCUCACUCCUGGUUUGGGAAACACGUCCAGACAAGUUUGGUCCUUCGCGGCGGGAAGCACAAGAGGCUACUCUGUGGCAACAGAGCAGAGGGAUGAAACCAGUCUUGGCGUACGCGCUAAACAAGCCCAGCAGUUUGACUGGGCCCUGGCCAAGCUGGACAACUCUGUGAGGAGAACCGGCCGCAUCACCAAGACCCUGCUGCUCCGCAUCUUCCAUGACAUCUGCCGGCUAGGCUAUCCCAGUAGUAACCAGGCCUUGCUGCUGCUACGUAGCUGUGGCUCGCUGCUGCCAGAGGUUCCCCUGGCCGAGCGCAAUGAACUAGCACACCGCAUCUGGGACAGACUCAAGGAGCUGGGUGCGUCGUACGAUGUAAGCCACUACAACGCCUUGCUGAAGGUUUACUUGCAGAACGAGUUUAAAUUCUCCUCUACUGAAUUUCUGGCAAAGAUGGAGGCAGCCAACGUUCAGCCCAACAGAGUGACGUACCAAAGACUGAUUGCAUCUUACUGCCAGAAUGGAGAUAUUGAGGGUGCCAGCACCAUCUUGGGUUUCAUGAAGAGCAAAGAUCUGCCGAUCACUGAAGCUGUGUUCAAUUCCCUUGUAACGGGUCACUCGCGCGCAGGUGAUAUAGAAAAUGCUAAGAACAUCCUGUCGGUGAUGCGCGGGGCAGGAAUCGAACCAGGACCUGACACUUAUUUAUCACUGCUCAAUGCCUACGCGGAGAAGGGGGACAUGGAGAAUUUGAAAAAGACUCUGGAGGAAGCUGAGCGUGCAGACUGCAGUCUGAUGGACAGGGACAUAAUGCAGAUUAUGCUGUCCUUGGCCAGGGCUGGACACCAGCAGUAUGUCUCAGAGAUAGCUGAUCGCUUGAGACAUGAGAGGAGCUUUGUGCCAGAUGCAAUGAACAUGUGUCUCAGCCUGAUCACCCAGGGCCUGGAGGACAUAAGUUUCACCAUCCUCAAGAGCUUCCCGACAAUUCAGCCUGACACCUUUAACACAGACACCCCCAACCAGGGCAACUUCUUCUUGAGACACUGCGUCAACAUGGACAAGCCUGCGGAGAAGGUGGUCGCCUAUUGCCGAGAGCUUCAGGACUCUAACCUACAUGGUUCACCACUCCAAUUUACUCUGUCUUGUGCCCUGGAUGCCAAGAAAUCUGGUAUGUCUUUUGAACUGAUGAAGGCCCUGAAGGAGAAGGAUUUCCCCAUAAGGCCUCACUACUUUUGGCCUCUCCUCAUUCAGCAUCUGAAAGACAGUAACACUGCAGGUGUGCUGGAGGUGUGCAAGGCCAUGCAGGAGUUGGAGGUGUCGCCUGACAUGGAUACCUUCUCCAACUACAUCAUCCCCGUCUUCCCCAGCGUGGAUGCGGCACGCCAGGCCCUCACGGACACGGGUCUGUCUCUCGAGCCGGAGAUUUUUUUGUCCUCCGAGGUGCAAGCGCUUGCCAUCAACAACCUCGCUGAACUCUACACUGUGUUGACUGAUACCUCCCUACCAGCGCUGGACUUCGGUCAGUUCCGUGGCCGCCUCAUCGCGGGCUUCAAAAAGUCUACUGAUGUAGCGAUCAUGGCCAAGAUUACUGAUCUCUUGUACAGAGACGAGCGCUUUUCAAAGCCCCCCUCCAAGCCCUCUGAGGCAGUGGGCUUCUUCUUAUACAACUUCAUUGAGAACAUGGCGGAUAGAGAGGUAAAGGCACAGGAGGAUAAACUGCGUGAAUACUUCCACCAGCUGAAGGCCCAGAACGUAGGCAUCUCUGUUAACAUCUACAGAGGCAUCCGAAACCUUCUGGACUCUGCUGAAGUCCCAGAGCUCCUCAAGGAUGUGGCCACUUUGGUGUACCCUAAAGACCAGCCAUUCAUCAACUCUGUGUCAGCUGGUCCAACUACCAGUGGUGUGGAGGGCAAGGUGGUGGCUCUAGAGAAGAGUCUGGCUGAUAUGAAAGUGACGAACAAACCCUUAAGUGCCACGCUCAAACAAACCAUCGCUGCCCACUGUGCUGAGGAGAACCUCGAGCGUGCCCUUGAGCUGAAACGGCAGCAUGAGGAGGACAUGACUGCCGGCGCGUAUGCCAGUCUCAUCAACCUUUGCUGUCGACGCGACAAUUUUGAGGAGGCGCUCAACCUGAAGAGGGAGAUGGAGCGUAUGGACUCAUCAAUAGUGUUGGAUGCCAGCAAAUACAUUGGUCUGAUCAGGACCCUGUCAACCAAUGGCAGAGUGGAGGAGGCAGUGGACUUACUUAAGGAGAUGAAAGAGAAAGACGUGGUGGUGAAUGACACAAACACCAUUCUGAUCUUCCACACGCUCAACAUUUUGGCUUUGAAAGGCGACAUCACCGCUAUCCGUCAGCUCGGGGACACCCUCUUCACGCUGGGAUUGGCCAAGCCCUCUGCCAAUCUCUGCUCGCCGCUGGUCACCGCCUACCUUUCCAGCAACGACCUGUCCGGUGCUCUUGAAGCGGCCAUGGAUUGUCAGAAAAGCUACCGCCACAUGCCUCGAAUCCAUGACAUCAUUGUCGCGCUCGUGGAAAAGGGAGAAACGGAACUGUUGCAGAAAGCCAUGGACUUUGUGAGUCAGGAGAGAGGUGAGAUGACCAUGCUCUAUGACCUGUACUUUGCCUUCAUGCAGACGGGCCGAUACCGCGAGGCCCGCAAAAUCCUGGAGACCCCUGGACUGAGGGCAAAGCCUGGACGUCUGCAGUGGUACGCAGAGAAAUGCAUCACUAACAAGCAGAUGGAGACUUUGGAGCAGAUGGUGGACAUGACGGAGAAGCUGUUUGAGUGUGACCGAGAUGAGAUGUACAGCUACCUUCUCCGUCUUUGCAAGGAGACCAACAACUGGCAGAAAGCAGAGAUACUGUGGACGAAGAUGCAGGAGGAGAACAUCAUUCCAAGGGAGAGGACCCUGACUAUACUGGCAGACAUCCUGAAAAGUAAUGGCCAAGAGGUGCCGUUUGAUGUGCCUGAGACCUGGUACCAACAAGCUGCCACCACUGCCACCACAGACCAGGCUAGCUCAGCUAGCAAGCCAGCCAAAGCUGAGGGCGAUGCAGACUACCGAUUACGUAUUCUAGCGCUUUGUAAGAAAGGCAAGUCGAAAGAGGCCUAUGAACUUCUGAAGGACGCUGAUAAAAAGGGUAUAGCCCUAGGCCCCGUCCCUUACGACCAUCUGAUCCGCGCGUUAUUUUCUGACGGGUUCAUGGAGGAUGGCAUGGCGGUCAAAGAUAUCGCGACGUCCCAUCUGCCCAGCUUCCAUUUCAGUGAUACUGCCACCAGCCUUCUAAUUAUUACACACAGCAAGAGAGGCCAAUCAAAAGAUGGACUUAAUACUUUGAAGUCCAUGCUGCAAGCGAACCAGGUGCCUUCACUUCUCUCCAUCACCCGACUGGUCCAGGCCAUGGGAAGUCAAGGUGAUGUGGCAGGCAUCCAGGAAGUGGAGUCACUGAUGAAAGGCCUUGGCACACCCCUCAACCUGUCUAGCAUGGUGUUUGUCAACAAUACCGCCUUGGCACACAUCAAGAACGGCAACCUGGAGGCUGCAGUGGAGUUGCUGGAGGCGAUCUACACCGACCCGGAGACGACAUCGCCCAGCAUUUCCUUUGUCUUCAGAAAGAUCCUGGAGGAGGGCAACGACAAAGCCCUGGACAAGUUGAAUGCAAUGGCAGAGCGGCUAGCCAACCAUUUUUCUUGCUACAGGCCAGCUUCAGACCUCUUUCUUCAGCUACUGGAGAUGGACAAAGUAGAGGAUGCCAAAUUCAUGUUAGCUCGCUGUAAUGCACUGGCUGAACAGAAGGAUGUGCUGGUCUCCUACAUAGCCCGAAUGGCCCAGAGACCGGGACAGGUGGGCAAAAUCAAGAACCUGAUGUCCGUGAUUCCAGACUUCUCUGAGAAGGAGAUACUGUACCCAUACAUGAUGAAAUGUUACAGUCUGGAUAAGGACCUAGCAUCAGCCAAGGCCCUGUACGAGCAGAUGCAGAAUGAGGGGAUAGAAGUAAACGAGCUUACACUGAAACGCCUGGCCAUGCUCUACCGUAAUGCAGGAGAGGUCGUGCCCUUCUCCGAGCCCCCUGAGUCCUUUAAGUUUUAUGCUGAGAAGUUGAAAGAGAAGGUUGCCAAUGCCUAAAACAACAGCAGGGGAAGAGUCUCAAUCCAAACCCCCCCGACCCUCUCACCUACGUCUGUGCUGCCCGAUUUUCUUUGUUUUUCCUUUCUUUUUUUUUACAAGUCGUUCCGAGCUGAAAAUGUUUCCGAGUAUUGUGCUGUUGUUCGAUGUGAAAUUCUGCAGACCUUCGUUUAUGGUGAUGAUGAUGAUGAUGUUGAUGAUGAAGUUGACAAUGUACAGAAGUAUUUAUGCAAAUAAAGGACGUCA